GAAAGGUUCUCGAUGAAUAUGGUACAGAAAUAUUUAAAGAACCAACCAUAGAGAGAGAACGUCUUAAAACGGAAAGUUGGAAAGAACCUGAAGAAGUAGUGGAUCAGUUAAGUAGAAUGGAAGAUUUGGAAGAAACUGAAACAAAACCAUUAGAAGAUAUUAUACCGGUUAGAAAGGUUCUCGAUGAAUAUGGUACAGAAAUAUUUAAAGAACCAACCAUAGAGAGAGAACGUCUUAAAACGGAAAGUUGGAAAGAACCUGAAGAAGUAGUGGAUCAGUUAAGUAGAAUGGAAGAUUUAGAAGAAACUGAAUCACAAUCGCUGGGAGAUAUUAUACCGAGUAAAGAGUUCGAAGAAUACGGUGAAAUAGUCUCCAAAGAACGAAGUACGGGAGGAGAACGCGUAACUGAUAUGAAAGCUGAAGUUGAAUUAGAAGUUAUGGAUCAGUUAAGUAGAAUGGAAGAUUUGGAAGAAACUGAAACAAAAGCAUUAGAAGAUAUUAUAUCGGUUAGAAAGGUUCUCGAUGAAUACGGUACAGAAAUAUUUAAGGAACCAACCAUAGAGAGAGAACGUCUUAAAACGGAAAGUUGGAAAGAACCUGAAGAAGUAGUGGAUCAGUUAAGUAGAAUGGAAGAUUUGGAAGAAACUGAAACAAAAGCAUUAGAAGAUAUUAUAUCGGUUAGAAAGGUUCUCGAUGAAUACGGUACAGAAAUAUUCGACGAACCAACCAUAGAGAGAGAACAUUUUGAAACGGAAAGUUGGGAAGAGUCAGAGGAAGCUGUGAGUCAGUUAAGUAGAAUGGAAGAUUUGGAAGAAACUAAAAUAAAAUCGUUCGGAGAUGUUAUACCGGGUAGACAGAUCGAAGAAUACGGUGAAAUAGUCUCCAAAGAACCAACUAAGGAAGGCGAAUAUGUAACUGAUAUGAAAGCUCCGGUUGGGUUAGAAAUCAUGGAUCAGUUAAGUAGAAUGGAAGAUUUGGGAGAAAGUGAAGCAAAACCAUUAGAAGAUAUUAUAUCGGUUAGAAAGGUUCUCGAUGAAUACGGUAUAGAAAUAUUCGAAGAACCAACCAUAGAGAGUGAACAUCUUGAAGCGGAAAUUUGGAAAGAAUCUGAAGAAAUAGUGGAUCAGUUAAGUAGAACGGAAGAUUUGGAAGAAACUGAAAGAGAGCCUUUCGAGCAUAUUAUACGAGCCAGAGGGAUUUUCGAGGAGCACGCCAUCUCAGUGUCUGAAUUCACACAGGCUAAUAAAGAACAUGUUUCAUCUCAAAAUAUGAGGUAUAAAGUUCCAGUACGAAGUAAUGAACAUACAAAGCAAUAUGGAGAUAUACAUGUUGCAGAUACAAAAACGGAAUGUUUUCAAACAAAAUUAGUGAAAUUUGCGAGGGAUGCAACAGCAGUAGCAGGAGGUAUAGUAGCAUCGCCUAUUGUUCUUGCAAAAUUAGGAGUAUCAAAGGUGUAUGAUAAUAUUUCUGGAGACGAUGGAGAUAUGCAAAUGGUUAGCGAAAAAGCCUCUUCUAUGAUUAAACGGGACGGACUGAAAGGUAUACAGUCUGAAGCUGACGAUGUGAAUGAAGAGAAGACUUCCGUACAAUGUGAUGAUAACAUUGGAAGAAACGUGCAUUUAGAACUAUCAAGAGAAGAAUAUGUACCAAUAAAAGAACAUCAAAUUACGCUUUCUGUGGAAGUACCCUCAACAAAACGUGUGAUGCAGGAAUAUGUCGAUGAUGUCGUACCAACUGCGGAAGGAGAAAAUAGGUCUCCUGAAAUAUACAAAACGACAUUAUUUGAUCAUGAAAUUUUAGAACCACGAGCAGAAAUACAAUAUCAACUUUUUACAGAAAAAGAUUCCAAUGAAAUAAAAACAAAAUCAACCGAGGAUAUUGUGGCAGAAUAUUGUGUCCUUCAAAACUUCGAUAUUUCACUAUCCAAGGAAAUAAUUACAAGAGAAGACGAAGAACCCUCAGAAAAGGAAAUCAGAUAUCCUAAAAAAGAGGCUUCGAUGGAGGAGAUGCUAAGAAAAGAUUUGAAGAGAACCGAAGCCCAAAAAUUCAAAGAUAUUUUGCAGCAGGAAUGCGGUGCUUCAAUGCUUAAAGAAUUAAUAACGGAAGAAGUACUUAUGAUGAAGCAAAAAACAUUUUUGGAACAAGAAUAUUCAGUUCCACAAACGGAAGAAAAGAAGCACAUACCUCUCGAAGGAAAGGAAUCCAUUGUAACUCCAUCAAUUCUGUAUGAAAGGAUAGGAUCUGAAGGAAGUGCUUGCAUAUUAGAAAAGGAGAUUAAAAAUCAGCAGCCGAAAAUGGGAGACUCUGAAGAAUUCGAAGUAAAACUAUCCGAGAAAAGGGUCUCGAAGAAUGCAAAAUCUGAAGGGGUAGGAUUUGAAAGAGUGGUAUCUCAGAAAUUUGCAGAAGAGUUGGGAAUAGUCAAGGAAUAUGUAACUAUGGGAGACAAUAAGGAGGAUCGCUUUGGGAUUGCUGAGGAAGUUAUUAAAGGACAGAUCGUAGAAAAAUCCCUAACAGAUACUAUUUGUUCCUGUAGUGAUAAGGAAACUGAAUUCUCCGGAGAAGCUUCUAGUGAUAUAGACAGAGUGAAAGAAAAGGCUGGGAAUGGUGAAGCAUUUUUGCGUUCACCGGAAAUACAAUCUGGAGUAGGGACUGUUGGGGUUGCACCAGCGAAAGAGAAGGAAAAGUGUAUAGACACAGAGUCGUUUCUAAGAGAUGUGCUGAUUUCAAGCAGAGUUUCGUUUGCAGAUUUGGUAGAUGGUCUUCCGGCACAUAAAGUGGAUGAUAUGAUUGGAACUGAAGCAGAACAAUCAAGAACAGGAGACAGAAAUUUGCAGAAAAUGGGUGAGUCAACAUUUAGCCUGACAACAGAAUGUUUGCUGACGAAAGAGGACAUUGUGGGACUAAGCAAGGAAAAGAUCAUAUCGCAACAGAUGUGCGAAUCUUCGAAGGAGGGUGUGGAAAAGCCGCCAGAAUAUCAAUUAGAACAAAACACCAUUUACAAAAAAGUGACACCAGUUGAAGAAACUGAAAAGGUGGAAGAACGGAGUCCGUUCAGAUUCCCGAAGAAGAAGGGAUUUGAAACAAAAGAAGUACUUUCGGAAUCUAGUCCAUUUUUGGAUCGAAAUCAAGAAUGCAAGGAUAUUAUUAUAGAUGUAGAGCACAGUAAGACAAAUAGCGAUGCAGAAACUAGAAAGAAAUUAAAUUUGGAGGAUCAACCGAAAGGUCAACAGUUGAAAGAUGAGAAGUUUGCAGAGGAAAAUGGAACGGUUACUAGAGAAAUCAUUUUAACACCUGCUGCAUUGAUGACCUUUGACACAGUAAAGGUUUGUGAUUACUCUACGAGAAGCGAUAUAGGUGAGACAUCGAUCAAGCAACUUCCUGACACAGAUUACCAACAGCUUACACCGCCAACAGCUACUGAGCAGCAUGAUGAAGCUGCUAUGAUGCAAGCAAUUGUGGCAGAAAAACAAAUUCUCAAAAAAGAGAUCGAUUACGAUCUAAUUAAAAAUUUAAAUGAACCAGUACAAAGUGAUGAAAAAGUGGGAGUCGACAGCAUGAAAAUAAUUGAACCUUUUGCAGUUGAAACCUGUUUAGAUCGAGGUUUGAUUAAAUUGGAUGAAUCUGAAUCAGAAAUAACCGUAUCGAACGCACAAGAUAAGCUCCGUUAUCCAGCUAUGGAUAUACCAUCUCCAGCAGAUCAAAAUGCUAUUUUUAUUUCUUCAGAUGUUAAAAUGAAUAUUUCACUACCAAAAAAUGUGUAUAAGGUAUCCGAAAAUGGUUACAUGGAUGAAGUCUUGGUAGGGAACCUUCGCGUAGGAAUGCAAGCAGAUGUGAAGGAAGAAGUGGUACAAGACGAUAAAGUUCAACCGGUAGUGGCAGCAUCGAAUGAAGGAGUAGAAGAGAGAGUGACAGUGAGGACUGAACUAGCAGAAAGUAAAGAAAUAAGUUUUAAUGAAAUGAUGUCAGAAGAGGAAACAUCGUAUGAAUCUGUCUUAAACGGGACGAGCUGUCGUAAUUUAUGUGUUGACGAAAAAAUGAGACCGUUCUCUGGAGAAGGUGAAUAUCCGUGCGAAGUGACUGUUGAUACAUUAUGGACUCCGGAAGAGAAAGAAGGCAUUGAUGUGGAGGUAGGACUGGAAAAACAGGAAUCUUUCUACACAGAGGAAAUAAGGAUGUACCCGAGCGGCGAUACGAUUAAUGUUGCAAUGAGGAAAGAACGAGUAAGUGGAAACAUAGCAGAAGAAGGUGAAGAAGAGUCAAACGUUGAGAUAAGUGGCGGUGGUGAUGAAAGCUCUCCAAAGUUUGAGGCUAUGAAAUGGAAAAAGCUAACAAACAGAUCUGAAAUGACAUCAGAAAGGAAUGAAUUGAUUGGGGACAUUGAAUGCGAUAAGGAAUUCAAAGAGCAAUUUACAUUUAAAGUACCUGAAGCGUAUAAGGAAGAAACUGAAUCAUUUUCGAUAGAUCGUUCUGAACCAAAAGAACAUGAAAUUAAGCUUUCUGAAAUCACUGUUGAAAAGAAUGUUUUCGUGGAGUGUCAAGGAGAAUUCAUCAUUCAAGGGCAACAAAUAUCAGAGCUAACCAGGAAUGAAAAGCUAAAAGAAAAUGUUGAUGCAAUGUCAUUAGAAAUGUUGGAUCGUGAUCAAAAGGAUUCUGAGAAGAGAUUAAUAACCGUGGAAGGUGAUCAGGAGUUAAUUAAAGAGGCACAAGCAGUGCAGAACUAUGAAGAGAUAAAAUUUUUUAGUGGUGAUGGUAUUACAACGUCCCAACAACCUUUUGGUGUUUCUGCAAGUGACGAUAAAACUUUAUCCUCUAUAAAAGAAUCUCCUGAGCAGCUGACUGCUAAACAUGAUUUAAUGACCUUAUCUGAAGAAGGCAAACUAAAGGAGGAUGUUCGCAAUAGGAUGAAAACUUCAAGUUCUUGUGAACCAUCGAUGGAGGAACAGAGAAAUAUAGCAUCAAGGGCAUUUCUAGAUACUAUCGAAGUUUGUUCAGCAAUUCCUCAGCAAAGUGAAAGUAUUCACGUUUUGGAAAAGGGAUCUGCUGGAGAACAAUCUGCUGCCGAGGAUCAGGAAAGUUUUCUGGGUGCUUCAUCUGAUGUUUCCAAUAGCAGUGUGGAGAAAAGGAAAAAGGAUGAAAAAGUAUCUUAUUGUGAGGAAGGACCAAAACGUUACAUUUUAAGGGCCGAAGGUUUUGUGGAACCAAGUAAUGGAAAAGUAAUUUACGGCGAAGUAAGUGAUAUGCUUUGGCAACAAACAGAGGUCAGCGAAAACAAGAGAACUGCUUCAGGAAAACAAUUGGAUUUAGCAUUGAAAGAAAAAAGUACUGCUGAAGUGGAAAAUGAAAAGAAUUUAACUCUUUCAAAUCUUUUGGACAGAUAUCCUGCUGAACAACAUGAGUGCCGUGAGUUUACAUUGCAGAGUUUACAUUUAAACAAAGAGAGGAAAGAAGAUCCCUCUUCGUUUUCUUUUUCAUCGAUGUUCCCUUCCUAUGCAGAAGAUACUCAAACUAAAUCACUGCGAGAGAUUGAGAGAACUGAAUCAUUAGAAGUAACUACAGUUGCUGAUCAGCAAAGGAUGGACGAAAAAAUUAUUAUUAAUAAAUCUAGUCAUCUGGCAAAAGAAUGCCGAGAAAUAAAAAAAGGUGUGUGUGAAAUGGGGAGCAUAAGAGAUGAUGAUAAAAGGGAGAAAUUAGAAGCGAUAACUUCAGUAGAACCUACUUCAGAUCCUGAUUCUGAGGAAUCACUGAUAUUGAUAAAAGCGCCAUUGGCGAGGCAGAAGAUUGACAGAGAACCAUCUGAAAUGGAUGAGAAAGCAAAAAUUGUCGGUAGCAUCGAUCUUGAAGCUAAUGCGGAGCAUUUAAUUGGCGAAAGCAUAGAAAAACUAGACCAGACAACGAGCAGGAGUAGCAAUAGCUUCAGCAUAGAUUCCUCGAUUGAAAAAUAUAGCGACGGUACAUCACCGUUCAGCAAUGAAAAAGCCACUAUUGGAAAGAGUGUACCGCAAGUUCAACAUGAGCAUGAAGAGGAUUAUGAAUCAGAUUUAAAGGAGAAAUUGGAAACCCUUGCAAAAGAAACGAAGAAAUUAAAACGACAUUUAGAGGGAUGCAGUUUACUAAAUGAAGAUGAAAAGAAUCAGAAAGAGUUUAAUAUUCAAGUAAUAGAAAUGGUAGAUGAUAUCAUGAAGCCAGUGGAAAGCUUAUCGCGCACUGAAUCCACUUACAAAACAGCGACGGUUACAUCAAGAGAUGGCUAUGAAACAUGUGUUACAUCCCAGGAGGAUACUUUCGAAACAGCUCCUAGUUAUCAUUCUCAGGAAUCUGAUUACACUACAGCAACUAGUGAAGAUAGCAGCAGAUUAUCAGGAAUGAAUGAAGAGCGUCGAGAAAGUGCUACACCGAUUGCAAUUUUCUCACCAGUGGAGUCAGAUCGUCUUUUUACUGCAUCCCAGGAUGAGGAACAAAAACCAAAUAGGCAGGGAAGUGAAAUUAUUGAUUCGAAACGUUCUAGCCCGGAUGUGCCUGAUAUUGAACUUGUAUCUGUCGAGGAUGAGGGUAACAUUCUAUUGACAACUCCUAGUGGUAUUCUCCUCGCUCCCGAUGUGGAUCCGGGACGACCUGUUUCUCCAGUUCCUCCUGGUUUCAGUGAUGAAGAUGAAAGUUUUGUCGCUGUUGCUACUGCAUCUGAUUCGUCCAGAAAAGCUGUCGAUCAACAACGCCAAGCAGAAAUCAAAAUUCUCGAUUCUAUUGUAGAGGCUCCAGGAGACGAUACUCUUGCUGACAAAACAUUUUCGUCGCGGAAACGAGAAGUACCCGAUUUGACAACCUUUCAGGAAUCAAUGCAUGCAAAUGCAAUGGAUUUUGGAAAAGAGUUUUUUCCACAGUACUCAGAUCUAUCUACUAAAAAUAAAACGAGGACUGUUCAUACAAUUGAAAAAAAAGAUGAAACUAUAGGUGUCGCAUUGCCCUCUGAGGCAGUUCUAUGUAUCGAAUCUGAUUCACUGGAUUCUCUUGAUAAGCUAUCAAUUAAAAGCGGAAGCAGUGGUAAGAAAUAUAACACGUCACGUCGAAGCAGCACCAGUUCUCGAAAAAGUUCGCAUGAUGAGCCACAAACAUUUGUUGAGCGACUUACACCAGAGUUGAAAAUGUCGUGGGUAGAAAAGAAUCAGGAAGUGGAAUCGGUUAAGCAGUCCUCGUUGCCAUCAUCUGAAGAAUAUCCAAUGUUUAUGUCUGAAAGCGAGCAGAUGAAUCCGGUAGAAGUAGAACUAGAGACAGUGGACGAAGAACCAGAGGAAGCGGAUUCGUUGAAUGGAAGAAGCGUAUCUUCAAAUGGCCAAGGGACAGAUAUCAGCGUGACAGUUGGGAAAUACAAAACGGUUUCAAGCGACAAUGUCUCUGAAACGAGUUUACAGGAAUUUGAACGAAUUGAGCGGGACGUAUUAAACAAAGGUGAAUCAAGUCUUAGUGGAAGUGAAGUAGAACUCUACGUAGCUGGGAAAUUGAAAACAGUUGAUGGAUCAACAAGCUCCUUAGCCGAAUUUGAGCGAUUGGAGCAAGAAGUCGUAGCCGAAGGUUCUCCACAAGAUGAAGUAAUGAUCCUAUCCGACAUACGUGAAGAGUCGGAAGUCGAAGAGAUGAGUAUAAGAGAUGAUGACGAGGAAGAACACGAUUCCAUUUCGGAUAUAAAAGCAGUACCAGUUGAGGAAGACACCCAAGUGGCAACACCAAUGGCUUCACCAACUGACAGUAUUGAAAGGGAUUUUGAAAAUUUUGUUCCGGAAGCAAUGGGAACGAGCAUUGAUUCUUUGGAAAUUAAUGUCCCACCAGUAUAUACACCGAGUGAUUUAGGUGGUGAAAAUUAUUUAACUGAAUAUGAAGUCAUUGAAAAAGUACAUGGAGACAUACAUGAUUCUCUUGAAAUAAUUCCGCAGGACAAGGAUUCUAUGCUUGAAGAGGCCAAUGUACGGGGAAUAAGCCAGGACGGUCAAGUGAUAUUGAGUGGUGAUACUUAUGAAGAAAAAGAUUCAUUAGCUGGUGAUAUAGACUCUAUGCUUCAUGAUUAUCCCACCACGCUAACAACGUUUGAAACGAUGCAAAUCAAGGAAGAUGGUUCUACAGAAAUAAUCUCAAGAAGGGUUCUGACUCGUGUUACUGAUCCUAUUAUUAGUCACGUUCAAUUUACUGGAACCGAAAAUGAGCAUCGAGUACGUGAUUUGGAACGUGAAGAAGAAUUUGAAACUAUGGAUAUUGAAGGCAACGUUACGCGAACAACACUUCAUCGCAAUGUUCCUUCAUCGUCUGCAGGCGCUUCACAUUCAGCUCAUCGUGGUUGA